AUGCCGAUUAUCGCUGCAGCCGAUUUCUCCCGUUUUUCCAAUUUCCCACUAUAAUACUAAUGUCCAAUCGUUAUUCCUAUACGAAUUUCGCAAGCUUAAUCUUAAAUCCAUUAAGAAUAAUUGCUAUUAAUCAUAAUCUAUUGACGAUUCAGAAAUUCAGUAUUCGUUCAGCUUCCGCGUUCAGUUGUUUUGAUCUAUUUCUAAACGCUACAUUCGGCUUUUUUGAUUGAUUAAAAAUGGACGAAAUGAAUUCGUUUGUGCCUAUGACGCCUCCGAAUAAUUUCGUCAAAGAACUGCGGGGAGUGUUAGAUCAACAAAACAUACUUUCGGCCAAAACCAAACAAAAAGUAUUACGAGACUUGGACGAUCAUAUUUGUGAUGACAAUGAGAAACGCAUUGCAAAGUUGAGGGUUCGAUCAAUUCAAGAGAUAUGCGUCUCAGAAACAAAUUACAUUCAUCAGUUGGACAAAUUGAUUACAUAUUUUAAACGUCCAAUAGAAGAACAGAAACUUGCCUCUAGUCAAGUUAUCAGUAAAUUGUUUGGCAAUGUUGAGACAAUACUGAACGUGAAUAAAGAACUUUUGGUUCAAUUGCAUCCAGCCAAAGAAAAUAUCGGACAAGUUUUUUUGAACACGGCCCCUUUUCUUAAACUUUAUUCAGUUUACGCAUUCAAUUACAAGAAUGUAUUGGAUACACUUCAAGAUUUACCAAAAUCUCAUCCAAAACUUCAUCGCUUUGUAUGUACACAAGAAUCAAGGCCAGAUGUAGCUGCUAAAUUGAAUUCACUUUUGAUAACACCCAUUCAAAGAAUACCUCGUUAUUUAAUGCUUUUACGCGAACUUCAGAAUUACACUCCUACUGAACAUCAUGGUUAUAAUGAUAUUAAAGCUGCUGUAGAACAAAUAAGUAAAGUUGCAGACCAUAUCAAUAACUUAGUUCAAGAACAAGAAAACAUGUCCAGAUUAGUAAGCAUUCAACGUAGUCUUUCUGGCUGUGGCAAAGUUAACAUUGUACUACCAGGACGUAAAUUGAUUAAAGAAGGUCCUCUAAUGAAAGUAUCACCCGAAGGCAGUACAUCUAUUCCUCGUUACUUAAUUUUGCUAAGUGACAUGAUACUGUAUUGUAAAGAGUGGGUGGAUCCAGAAAAGUUAGUUUGUCUCAGAGUAUUGCCACUCAAUAAGUGUGAAGCCAAAUCUGUCAUGUACAAAAGAGGAUUGUUUUCAAUAAAUUGUCAGUCUGUAGAAUUUGUAUUUUACACAAUGGAUGCACCACAUGCUACAUGUUCUUGGGUAGAAAUGUUACAGCAAUCUAUUGACAAGUGCAAAGCCAAUUCUUUGAUGCCAGUAAAAAGAUGCGGUCCUUUGAAAUUAGUCAAAAGAAAAAAGGAAGAUAACACAAAUAAAAAUGAUGAAAAUUGUUAUUCAAGUCCAACCAAAAAAAUGAAAUCAUUAAACAGCCUUAAAGAUACAACAAUUGCUAAAUCAAAUCAAAAUAUGUCAUACAUGGCUUCGGCAAGAAAUCUUGUUUUCAAUUUUGGAACAACACUAAAAAAAUUAGUGGGAAGAAAUUCAGUAUAGAAAAUCAAGAAUAUUUACUUUUUUUUUUAACUUAUAUUUUUUUUUUGUACUCCAUCCAUUUGAGAUCUCAGUUACGUUGUCCAUUUUUGUUUAAAUGUAGUUUAUAACAAUUAACUAUUAAUGUUUGAAUAAUAACUUGUGGUAAUACUUCCUAAUGCAGUAACAUAUUUUACUUAAAAGUAAAAAUUGUAAUGUUAUUAAUAUUUUUCACAUUUUUAUAAUUCUGUAAUUUGUAUAAGUAUAACAAUUAUUUUACUAUUUAAUUUAUAUUCAUUAAAAAUAUGUAACUAGUUAUUAGUUAUUUUUUAUGUACAAUGCUUGUAUGUCAUAAAAAUGAAAAACUAUGUUAAUGGCUUGUGUUCAUUGAUUUUCUGUAUGGAAUCAAUUAUAUGAUAACUUAUAUUCAAAAUAAAA